CUUUCCCUGGGCCUUACUGCAAAGGAAAAGAAAAAGUUUAAUCAUGGUUCAAGCACAUGAGAAUGAGUUACCAUCGUCAACUUCCUCUACAAAGAAUAACAUGACGGGGAACGAUACACAGAAUAAGCCAACCAAGAAAAUACCCAACAGGGCUGGUGCCAGCAACACUACGGCUAUCCCUGAAUUCAUCCAAAAAUUAUUUCGUAUGCUGGAAGACGACUCUUUGAAAAACACUUUCAGCUGGAAUGAAAGUGGCAACUCGUUUAUUGUUAAAGAUACAAACGACUUUUCAAAAACGGUUCUCCCCAAACACUUCAAGCAUUGUAAUUUUGCUAGUUUUGUUCGUCAAUUGAACAAGUACGACUUUCACAAAGUUCGAAAUAAUGAGAGCAAUCCCAAAGUGUAUGGUGAUCAGCGCUGGGAGUUUGUUCAUCCAAAGUUUCAAAGGGAUCAUAAACAUCUUUUAGAACAGAUUCGACGAAAGACACCCGGAAAACCGAAGCGAGAGGAUAGUGCCGAUAUCGACUUGCCUUUACCCACCGCAGAGAAUGGCCACUUUGGAGACCCUUCGUCAUCCACCGGCUCAUCCACAUCGUCGUAUCCUUCAUCGGCUUCGCUAGAGGAACUUUUGCAGUUGGCUAAAAAUCUCCAGACCCAGGUGGACCAGUUGCAGAAAGCUCGCGCCUAUCUUGAAGCCAAAAUAUGUCACAUGGAACGCACAGAUCAGCUCAUCCUGAAUGAACUGAGUCAAUAUCAGAAAAACAUUGCUGUCAAGGACGAUAUUUUACGAGCCUUCCUUGAAAAGUUCAUCUCCACCGAAAAAGACACCACUACCACCCCCAUGUGCAAUAUGAAUGCAACAGAUACCAAUGGCUUAAUGAUUUCCGUGGAUGACUCGCGAAAUCAGGCACAAGAGAUUGUCAAAUCUUAUACCGAAAUGUCACGACAGCAUACCCAAACUUUAGAGAAACUAACCAACGAGUUACGGACGCCUUCCAUGACCGCAGCGACGGGUUUAGUUUCUUCCACCAUUCCUCGCAUCUCAUCUUCGUCCACUUCGUCGAGCUUAUCACCCCCCAUUAUUCCCAUCACGAGUCACACCGUUUCCUUUUCCGAUCCCGAAGCUGGAGCGGCCGCGGCCGCGGCAGCUAGCAUGAAUGCGGGCAGUCUUGUCGGCUCCCCCAUGAGAACAGCUGACGGACGCUCUUUCGUGACUCUGGGCCGACUAUCGGCCAAACCGUCUGCGGGAGAGAACACCAAUACACUGGAAAUUACCGCUCCUUCGCUUAUUCCAUCCGCUUUCAAGCAACAUGUUCCUAGCGCGCCUCGGGACAAGCCGAUACAGCCCGGUUGGACUGUACCUCCACGAGUUCUACUUGUGGACGACGAUUCGGUUUACCGCGAGUUGAGCGGGAAACUGCUGAACAUGAUUGGAUGUAACAUCGAUUUGGCCAAGGAUGGUUUGGAAGCCGUACGAAAAAUGGGAUUGGAGAAAUAUGACCUUAUUCUUAUGGAUAUCGUGAUGCCCAAUUUAGAUGGUGUUUCGGCGACAAGAAAUAUUCGACAGUAUGAUGCCUACACACCAAUUAUCUCCAUGACAUCCAAUUUUACUGAUAACGACAUCAUCGAGUACGUGGGAAGUGGCAUGACCGAUAUUCUCCCAAAACCGUUCUCCAAGAGUACGCUGUAUAAUAUCCUCGAAAAGUAUUGCGCUCAUCUAAAGGCGAUCCAGCAAGUGCAAGGCAUUGAUCAAACCGUCAUCCAACGUGGAUUGAAAAGCUUGGGCUUAUUGCAAGGCAUGCCAUCUUCCACUCAGUCCGAUGGUCCCUCAGCUUCCUCUUCAUCCUCCUCCUCAUCGUCUACUCCAUUCUCAACUGCGUCUCCUGUUCCAUCCUCCAUCCCGAUCUCUACAGGUGCACAUUCGUAUAUGCAACCUCCGCCGGGAUAUGACGCCUAUGCUCUACCCAACUCAUCGUGCUGGACAGCUUCUCAAGGCCAUGUGAUGACCAAAGUCAGUCCAUCCAUGGCCAAUGAAGAUACAAAGAUGAACUGGGCAACUUCGCAGGAGUUGUCCUACAACGAAAACGAGGAUACACAACGAAAACGACAAAAACUGAACGACGGCAUAGAGUAAAUACUUGAACUCGCUUAUCUUUGACGAUAAUAGAUACCAUCCAUCCCUCGAUUCCUGGUAUAGUUACACAGUCUACACAUACAAACGCUUCAUACUCGAUACUGUUCUUCAUUUGUCACCUUCAAUAUGACCCUGCUGUCUUUUUUGCACGUCGAUUUGUACGUAAUAUUCGGACAGAGAGCAAUGAACUUUCACCUCGUUCAUAAAUUGCAUUUUACCUCGACUGUAAUGUGUGAAAUGCCUUUACUACAGUGUUCAACAUUUGUAAAUAAAUGAAUAAAACCAAACAAGUAAAAAGUCAAUAAUAUUGCAUA